AUGGAAUACACAUACCCUCCAACAUACAACACCCAGGGCUGGGAGGAAAGUCUCUCCUUGCUGUCGGAAGGGAAGUUCGCCUCCACCGAUGUCAAUGCUGGCAACCUCUCCGCCAGCUACCCCUUCCUCGCCGCGGAAUAUCCGGCACAACAAACAAUGGCUCAACAUCUGUACGAGCCAAUGGUCUGUUCCCUACCUCCUGAUCCCGCAUGGGCAUUGUCUCUCUCUCAGCUCGGCCACAUGGUCGCCGGGCCUUCGCAUGUCGGUGGAGACGACAUCUACGUCCCCCAGCAAAUGCUGCCGGCUGGGGAGAGUUAUCACCAGGCAGCGCCAGUUGCCUGCGAGCCCGCUGAUGGCGAGUCCUUUCGUAUCAAACCCCUCUUCUUCACUGACGGUCCCAUCAUUUCAAGAAGGACUGGCGCACGCAGGGGGGCAACGCUCCCGGUGCCGUCAUCGCAGGCGAGUACGGGUGAGGCGGUCGCGGCCAGGACCACAACCUCUGCAAGGCGAUGGCGUGCGAUCCUGCCCCGGCCAGCGGGCACUGUCCCGGCCCAGGCGGGCACCAGAAAGAGCUUCGAGGGGAAUACCCUCGACCGUUCAACAGUUACAUUAAGAAGGUCCGAUCGCAGGAAGACUCCUGCAAACAGGAUCAAUCCCAAGGCUGUAAAGGCGGCGGCCAAAGGGAAGUCCCGUGCGAAGGCCGCGACGCCGGUGCCCAGGACGGGAAGAAAGGAGACGCCAUACCUCGGUGCGAAGCACAAAUGCGAUCCCUGCAGAAAGGGGUUCGGGCGCAAGUACGAGAGGGCGCGGCACAUGAAGUGGGGGAUCGCGCACAGGGAGGGGUCGAUCGAAUGCGACCAAUGCGACAAGACUUUCAGUCGGCCAGAUUCGCUCAGGAAUCACCAGCGCUCCAUCCACAGCUGA